UGGGGACCAAGUUUAUAUUUUUUAGCAAAAUUGCUGUAUUUUUCUGGUUGUGGGGUUGGUUUUUCUGUGGAAGAUAAGCUAUUGAAGAAGUUACUACCCUUCAGAUCUAGAAGUAAAAGAUGAAAUGGAGACCAAGUUCAUAUUUUUGAGCAAAUGGCUGUUUUUUUUGUUCUUGGGUUUGGUUUAUAUGUGAAAGAAAAACCAUUGCAGAAGUCACAACCCUUCAAAUCUUGGUAUUAGAUCAUUCAAGUAUCAAAAAGAUGAUUGUAAUACCUCAAAGUAACAACCUAGCAGUAGCAAAAGGAGUACUUGGUGUUUCAAGUUAUGUACCUUCAAUUUCUUCUUCAACAGAAGCACCAAUUUGCAAUAAAGGUUUAACCUUUACAAGAAAUGAAUCUGUCUCAGUGUUGGAUACAAGAAGUCCUAGUCCUUCAGCUUCAUCUUCCUCAUGCUCUUAUGGUGGCCAACAUGCUGGAAAUAAUGGAGUUCCCGGCGCCGGAGCUGGAAAAAUUGACGGCCGGAAAGAGGAGUUGGUGACUGAGCUGCAGCCAUUUUCAUUUGGGUUGGAGCCAGAAAAAUUUAAUCUUGGAUUUGGGGAUUUGGAUAAUUUGUUGCCGGAACUUGCCGGCUCCGACCAGACCAUUUUUCGGUGGAUCUCCGGCGAUAUGGAGGACCCAUCAGUCAGCUUGAAACAAUUACUCCAAGGAGGAAAUGCAAAUGCUGAUUUGGGUGGUGGAGUUUCAGUGGCAGGUUCUUUUGCUUGUACUGAUAAUAUUUCCUUUUCUAGUUCAGAUAUUUCUUUAGAUGCCAACAUUGAGAAAAUUGGUUAUGCUGUCAUAGACUCAAACAACAGACCAAAUAAUAACUUUGAAAAUCUGAAUGCCAAUCUUUUGGCCAAGAGUUUACCCCCUGCUUUGAGCUUUCAAGAACAACAAUCAGAAGAGAAGCCUCAAAUUUCUUGUCCACAAAUAGUGGCAAACCAAACCCAGUUCCAGAAUUCCGCUUAUGUUAACUUGUUUGGCUCAUCAUCAUACAACAUGAAUCAAGAACAGCCGCCACCCAAGCGCCACAAUUCGGGUAUCCUGGGUUCAAGCUUAGGCUUUCUAUUGCCUAAAGUUCCGUUCUUUAGUCCCAGUGGUGACUUAUUGCUGAGGAAACAACCAUUGGGACAAAUGCAGCAACAAGUCAAUUUGCUGCCUCCUCACCAGUUUCAGCCAACGCCAUUAUUUGUACCUAAGCUUGAGGCAGCUGGUGGUGGUGGUAAUGGUAAUUUGGUGGUGCCUCGUCAUCAACAGCAGGAACAACAGUUCAUUUAUGACCAGAUUUUUCAGGCCUCUGAAUUAUUACUGGCCGGACAUUUCUCAAACGCGCAAAUGAUAUUGGCGCGGCUCAAUCAACAGCUCUCUCCCAUUGGCAAACCCUUCAAGAGGGCUGCUUUUUACUUCAAAGAGGCUCUGCAGUUACCUUUCCUUUUGCCUUGUACAUCCACAUCUUUUCCACCAAGAAUUCCCACCCCAUUUGAUUGUGUGCUUAAGAUGGAUGCUUAUAAGGCUUUUUCUGAAGUAUCUCCACUUAUUCAGUUCAUGAAUUUCACCUCCAAUCAAGCUAUUCUUGAAGCUCUUGGGGCUGCCAAGCAAAUUCACAUAAUAGAUUUUGACAUUGGCUGUGGUGCUCAAUGGUCCUCAUUAAUGCAAGAACUCCCGAGCAGCAAUAGAAAGGCAACUUCCCUAAAGAUUACUGCCUUUGUAUCUCCUUCAACCCACCACUCCGUUGAGAUUGGCAUCAUGCACGAAAGUUUAACGCUGUUUGCUAAUGAUGUGGGAAUCAGAUUUGAGCUGGAAGUUAUUAACUUGGAUUCCUUUGACCCUAAGACUUAUCCCUUAUCCUCCUUGAGGUCAUCUGAGUGUGAGGCUAUUGCUAUUAAUUUCCCCAUAUGGUCUAUUUCAAGUUGUCUAUUUGCAUUUCCUUCACUGCUUCACUGCAUGAAGCAACUUUCACCAAAAGUUGUUGUAUCAUUGGAACGUGGAUGCGAACGUACUGAACUCCCCUUAAAGCAUCACCUCCUCCACGCCCUCCAAUAUUAUGAGAUACUUUUAGCCAGUAUUGAUGCUGCUAAUUUAACACCAGAUGUUGGGAAAAAAAUUGAGAGGUCUCUCUUCCAGUCUAGCAUUGAGAACAUGGUCUUAGGGCGCCUCCGAUCCCCUGACCGAAUUCCCCCAUGGAGAAACCUAUUUGCUUCUGCAGGAUUUUCACCUGUUGCGUUUAGUAAUCUAACUGAAAUCCAGGCAGAAUGCCUUGUUAAGAGAACUCAGGUAGGAGGAUUUCAUGUCGAGAAGCGCCAGUCGUCUCUUGUGCUAUGCUGGAAGCAGCGGGAACUCUUGUCAGCUUUGUCUUGGAGGUGCUGAGGAGCUUUAUCUUAUGAAGCCAGACAACUCUUUCUUUUAACAGCAACAUUUACUAGAGGUUUUGACUCUUCAAUUUGAUGUCUGUUAAAAAAUCUGCUUACAUUUGCUAUGUCAUUUUCUCCGUAUGUGUAGUCUUUGACUGUAGGCAGGCCUUCCGCGUUAAACAAAUCCUAACUAUUAUCCCUGUUUGAAUAUCAGUGUGUUGUAUCUUCCCAAGUUUCCCUGUGUAUUAAUUUCUAUCUUUUCCAUGUUCUGAUACAAUUGCUAAGUACUAUUAACAAUUUCUGGAUAGUAAUGAGUAAUGACCUGCUUUUCUUUCUGAA